AUGGCCGAGCAAGCGCUCCAGGAUACGAUGGCUCCAGUUCUAAACAAGCUGGCCUUGAUCGAACGAGCCCGCGAUGUGUGUCAAGCUGAGGAAAUCCCGCUUCCUGGAGUGGUGGUGGUAGGAGAGCAGUCAUCUGGCAAGUCUUCCUUGCUGGAGAGCAUCUCGGGCAUUCAGUUUCCACGCGCGCAAAACACGUGUACAAGGAUGCCAUGCGUUUUGACAUUGCUGGCAGAUGAUACAGUCACGGAGCCAUUUGCCGAGGUGUCGAUGGACUCAAGUUUUGCCAAUAUUGCCAAUGUACGAAAGUGCACAGUGGCCCAAGUUGAGGGAGAGAUCAAGCAGCUCACCGAAAAAUAUGCGACUGGUGCUGACUUCAUCUCAAGCCAGGCGUUGUAUGUGCGGGUGGUGCGCCACAAGGGGUCCCAGCUAUCCCUGAUCGACUUGCCCGGGGUGACGCACAACGCCGAUCAAAUGCGCAACAUCCACGAGGUCACUGCGGGCUUGGUCGAGAAGUACAUCGAGCCGGAGGAGAAUGUAAUUCUAUGUGUGAUCCCUGCCAUGUCGGACUUUGGGAAUGCGGAGGUGGUGAAGUUGGCCCGGAAGUAUGACCCAGAGGGCCUCCGGACCUUGGGAGUCGUCACCAAAUGCGAUGAUGCGGCCAACGCCGAAGUGUCAGACAUUGUAGAGAAGGUCUUGAUGUCAAGAGCAACGGAUGUCCAACUUCAGCUAGGAUUUCACUGUGUGGUGAAUCGCUCGCAGAAGAACAUCGAUGAGAACAUGAGCAGCGAGGAUCUUCGUGCCAAGGAGAGAAGGGUCUUCACUGGGAGCGAUCGGCUGAAGAGGAUUCCAGAAAAGAAUUGGGGCACACACCGGCUGAUGGAAAAGGUUGCCAAGAUUCAAGAGGCCAGAGUGGAUGAGUGCCUUCCCAAGAUCAAAGAUGCGGUGCGCCAAAAGCUCACUGACCUCAAAAAAGCACUAGGCCAGCUUCCAGACCAGCCCACAACUGAUGAUGAGCAGUCCGAACUGUUCAACGAGAUUCUUGCAAACAUCCUUGGUGAUUUGACAAGACGAAUCCGUGCUGAGUUUGUGAGCGAAGAGGAUGCCGACAAAGAAUUCACGAUUGCCCCAAGAGUUUCUUUGAUGAUCAAGGCUUUUCUGGAGGACUUGCAAUCAAAAAAUCCAAAGUGGCUGGAAAAGGACAUGAUUGAUAAGGCGUAUGGCAUGGUGAAUGACUUUGGGCAAGGCCACACUGUGGAAAACCUGUCUGGCCACCAAGUCUUUAUGACUCUCAUCAAGCUGAAAUAUGUGACACAGCCACUGUUGAAAGAGCCUGUCAAUUGCCUUAUCGUGGAUGUGGGCGAGCACGUGCAGAAGGUUGUCCAGCAUGUAACUCAAGCACAUGCGGAAAACCAUGGCAGCCUUUGCAACCAUCUCGAGGCAACCGCAGAGAAGUGCGUUGAACAGCUUACCACCAAAGCUCGAAGCUUUUGUGGGCAUUUGAUUGAGGCGCAGGGAGUGAUCACUCCCAUAGAUGAGGAAUUUCAGAAGAAACUGAAGGUGUUUCGCAAGCAAGUGUCUGACGGUACGACCAGCCCAGGAAAUGAGCUCUCCGCCUUGGUUGCGGAGGCUCAAAAAGAUCCAGUCAAGCUGCCGGCCUAUGAAACAUGCUUUUCCCUUCACGCUUACACACCGAUUAUGAUCAAGGCUUUCGGUGAAAAUGCAGCCAAGGCCAUAAAGAUGUUCAUGGUGGAUCAGCUGGCAGAUGAGCUAGGUAAAACCUGGAGGCGGGAACUACGCUCCAAAUUGCCUGAGCUCUUUCCAAAGGAUGACACGAUGGUGCGUCGCCAGGAGGAUCUUAAAAAGAAGAUCGAGGCGCUGUCAGAUUUCAAGGGGGAGCUGCUAAAGCUGCGGACUGCUGCCCUUCCUGUCCAGAAGGGUAAGCGCACAACCUCGGAGAGGGUGGAUGCCACCGAAGCCGCUCAGUUCCUGUGCCAGCCAGCAGCGACUGCAGCGGAGAAGGAGUUUCGGUGGGAUUUUGGGAAGCACAUUGCGGACAAGAAGUUCAUGAAGGGGGAGCCUAUUUGCAGCGAGAAGUUUACCAGGAUGAAUGUGCCUGACCUUCAAGUGCAGCUCUAUCCCCGGGGAGAAACCAAAGCUUCGGAGGGCUUCAUGUCCCUCUACUUUCAAGCGCCUAAGGGAUGGAAGCUCCGCACCAAGAUCGCCAUCGGGAACAUAGAGAAAGACUCCACAGAUGAAUAUGCAUACAAAACGUCCUGGGGAUGGAGUAAUUUUGCACGCGUCGAUGGUGGUGCGACGGAAGUUGUUGUAGAAGUGCUUGAAGCCAUUCCCAUCAAUGCAGGUGCCUAG